AUGGGAGACGAGCCUUACCCAGAAUAUCGAGCUCAGGAGCUAUUUGAUGAGUUUGUGUCGGCAACGACAUGCAGGGCAGCGCUGCGAACCUUCGGCCAGCUGUGUGAACAUCUGCAGAUGGACAUCAGCACCGCUGAGAGGCCGCUGUACCGACCAAUCAAAUGCCGGCUCAAUUACUGGAGGGCCAACGCUCUGUGGGCCAAGCUGGACCGAAGGGCCGCACAGCAGGAGUAUCUGAGGGCCCGGGUCUGCAGCAAUAAAACGUGUGUGAUUAUUGGGGCUGGGCCAUGCGGUCUGAGGACAGCAGUGGAGCUGAGCUUCAUGGGAGCUCGGGUGGUGCUGCUUGAGAAGAGAGACUCAUUCUCCAGGAACAAUGUUCUCCACCUUUGGCCCUUCACCAUCCAUGACCUGCGGGGCCUUGGUGCCAAAAAGUUCUACGGAAAGUUCUGCGCCAGCUCAAUCGACCACAUCAGUAUCCGUCAGCUGCAAUUGGUCCUGCUUAAGGUCGCCUUACUGCUGGGAGUUGAAGUUCACGUCAAUGUGGAAUUUAAGAACCUGGUGGAGCCGGUGGACGACCAGAGACGCAAGAUCGGCUGGAGGAUGGAGGUGAAUCCAAAGUGUCAUCCUGUCAAUCAUCUGGAGUUUGAUGUCAUCGUUGGAGCAGAUGGACGCAGGAAUACGCUGCCAGGCUUCAGACGUAAAGAGUUCAGAGGGAAACUCGCCAUCGCCAUCACUGCCAACUUUAAAAACAGAAACACCCGUGCUGAGGCCAAAGUGGAGGAGAUCAGCGGAGUCGCCUUCAUCUUCAACCAGAGGUUCUUCCAGGAGCUUCGACAGGAAACGGGGAUUGAUCUGGAGAACAUUGUCUACUACAAAGACGAUACCCAUUACUUUGUGAUGACAGCAAAGAAACAGAGUCUGUUGGAGAAAGGAGUCAUUCUACAGGACUUUGCUGACACUAAGCAGCUGCUCUCACGGGGGAACGUGGACCAUCAUGCAUUGCAGGUGUACGCUUGUGAGGCUGCCAACUUCUCCACCAAUCACCAGCUGCCGUCUCUUGACUUCGCCAUGAACCACUAUGGUCAGCCGGACGUCGCCAUGUUUGACUUCACCUGCAUGUAUGCAUCUGAGAACGCCGGCAUGAUCCGACAACGCCAGGGACACCAACUGCUUGUCACAUUGGUGGGAGACAGCCUGCUGGAGCCCUUCUGGCCAAUGGGAACAGGUGUAGCUCGUGGUUUCCUCGCUGCUCUGGAUUCAGCCUGGAUGAUCAGGAGUUGGUCUCAGGGUGGAGCUCCGCUGGACGUCCUGGCUGAGAGAGAGAGUUUGUAUCGUCUCCUCCCUCAGACGACUCCAGAGAACAUGCAGAAGAACAUCAGUUUGUUCUCUGUGGAUCCAACGACACGCUACGUCAACACACACCGCAUCACACCUGAUCAGGUGAGACAUUUGCUGGACACUGGAGAAGAGGUGGCGCUAAAAACAAACUGUGGUGACAUCAUCCGUCUGCCUUUGCCCAGGAUGCUCAGAGAGGAGUCCGCGCCUCAGACCAAUCAGCUGCUAAUGUGGUGUCAGGAGCAGACGCAUGGUUACCGUGGUGUAGCUGUGACUGACCUGACUACUUCUUGGAAGAGUGGCCUUGCUGUGUGUGCUGUCAUCCACCGAUGUCGACCCGAUCUCAUAGACUUUGACGCUCUCGAUGAGUCGUUGGCAGAAGAAAACACUCGUCUGGGUUUUGAUGUCGCAGAACAAGAAUUGGGGAUUCCUCCUCCGAUGACGGUGGAAGAAAUGUUGUCAGUCGGAGAACCGGACUCUCUCUCUAUGGUCGUGUACCUGAGUCAGUUCUACCAGCUGCUCAAAGAUUCACCGCCCCCUGCUGGAUGUUUGAGUCGGAGCUCAGAUGUGAGGUUAGCACUCGUCACUCCUGCCUCCCUCCUCAGUCGACUCGGAAACAGUCUGACCAGGAAAUCGAACCCAAAGGAGCUCAGAGAUGCUGCAGGUAAAAGGAGGAAGACCAGUGGACUGAGUCAAGAGCAGCAGGAGUCAUGUAACCCUAACGUGGGCGUCGACAGACAGGUGUGUGAUAACACGUCUUUGGGCGGGUCCACUGGAUCCAGAGUUCGUCUGAUGGCCAAUCAGCUCCAAGCAAAGCUGGACCAGACUUUGUCUUCUUCUGCUUCACGUCAACAGGGGGAGGUGUUGUCCAGUGUCCAUCCAGCCUCAGAGUCUGCGGACGCUGCUGCCCAGCCGACAUCAUGGAGACCGAGAAAACGAACUCUUCAACAGGAGCAGAUGAGUUUCCGCUUCAAAGAGAAGAUCAAGUGUCAGAGCGCCCUCAGCAGGGACGAGCAGUUUCCUGCCUGCUGCAGCAAUGUCUGUUUCUUCUGCCAGCAGAGAGUCUACGUGAUGGAGCGUCUGAGCGCUGAGGGCUUGUUUUUCCAUCGCAGCUGUUUCCAGUGUGAUUUCUGCAGCAGUUCGCUCAGACUGUCUGCGUACGCCUUCGACCAACACGCUGGGAAGUUUUUCUGUCUCCAUCACUCUGACUGUUGUCUGAGCACCACCACGGUGAGGAGGAGGCCGACGGCAUCCGACAGAUCAGCUUCACAGCGAACAUCUGUGGUGUCUCUGGGCUCAGGCCCCUCCCUCCCCUCCUCUGACUGUCAGGACUGGGCAGAGCGCCGCCGUUCGUCAGAAGUUUCUGUGAUGGUGGUGACACCUGAGAGAAUCAAGCUCGAAAACUGCAGACAAAGCUCAACCGAGGCGGGGUUGUGUGAGGAGGCGGAGCUACAUGAGAUCUCAGAGGAGACGUUGAACCAGUUCAACCUGAACCAAGAGCAAAAACAGGAAGUGAGUUCAGUGUCUGGGAGUGAGGAGGAAGAGGAGGAACGAGGAGGUCAUGUGACCUCAGUGGUCAGAGCUUCAUGGAGGGAAACUCUGCAUCAACUCCUCAGGAGAAACAAGGAUGAAGAGGAGGAUUAUGAUGAAGGCAGUGAGGUGGACAACAGGGAGGAGUUUUCUCAUCUCGUCCCUCAGAGUGUCUUAUCAGUGGCAGGAAGUGACAUCACAGGGUCUGCAACACCUGUGCAGCCUGACUCCACACGUUCAUCAUUGACUCUGCUCCCUGGUACAACGCCCUCCACCGCCUCUUUCAUCACCAUACCUGACUCCACCCACCAUGAGGGCAAAGACACUUUGGUCGCCAUGGAAACAGCCAGUCAGCAACGUGCUUCCCGACAGUGGUGUUCCUUCGAUGACAUCAGCCCUGAACUACCACUGAAGAAACUCCUCCCUCAAUACGAAACAUGGGUGUGGUCACAACAUGUAGGGGCGGGGUUUGAGGAAGAGGUAGAGACAGAGAGGGGGAGGAGGAGACAUCACCUCCCCCUCCCUUUGCAGGGCCUCCUUCAGCUGAAGGGGCUCAAGGAGGCUCCGUACCCUGGACAGGUGGAGGUGGAAGGUGGUGGAGCCAGAGCUCUGUGGAGGGCUGUGUUCUCCGGAAACAAGAAGGAGAAGAAGAGGUGCAGGACUUCACCUCCAUUAAAGACAAAGAAGGUUACAGCCAAUCAGAGGAGAGCUACAGAUGUGAGAGGAAGUCUGACAGAAGAGUCAAAUCUGGAAUCAUCAACGCUGUUGCAACGAUGUUCGCUAAAACCCAGCAACAAUCUGUGUCUAGGGCUGUUGGACCUCACAUCUGAAAUCCACAGAGUCACAAUAACGGAAGAGGAGGAGGAACAGGAGCCGUUAUAUGUUCCACAUGCUCUGGCUUUCAAACGAUCAUAUGCCAUCAAGAGACACUCUGGGAGGGACAGACUCCCCCUGCAGGACUCUGACGGACAGUCCUCUUGUCGCACUGAGGUUGUAGGGGUCAUAGUUGAGCCAAAGGAGCUGUCCAGUCUGAGCGUGAAGGAGGCCAUGUUCCACAGAGGGCCAGAGGAUGAAGACGAAGACCUGGACACGAAAAUCACCAGAGGCGUUCAGAGAGCCGCUCGACGGCAAGCGAAACAGGAACAACAGAAGAGACUUCACAAAGCUCAGAUGAUCCAGAGACAUCUUCAGCAGGUUGAACAGAAACAAAGAGAACUGGAGGAGAAAGGAGUGAUGGUGGAGAAAUCUCUGAGAGGAGAAGCUGGGCUGGGUCGUGUGGAGAACCCGGUUCUGAUGCAUCAGUGGUUCCAGCUCGUUCAGCAGAAGAAUUCUUUGCUUCGAUAUGAAUCUGAGCUCCUCAUAUUUGCUCGGGAGCUGGAGCUGGAGGAUCGUCAGAGUCGUUUGCAGCAGGAGCUCAGAGACAAAAUGGCUGUUGAUGACCAUCUGAAGGGGGCGCAGCAGCUGUUUGAGGAGCAUGUGAUGCUGGAGCAGAUGUUGGAGGUGGUGCAGCAGAGAGAUUGUCUAGUGUCCCUGCUGGAGAGGCAGAGAAUGCAGCUGCCACAGGAACAACAGGACCAGGACCAGGACCUGGAGCAGCUGAUCCUGACCUGAGACCUGGGACUCAGCUGAUUCUGGACCAAGAAAUUCUGCAUCUUCUAUAUUUAAGUCAAACCAGGAAUGACUUCCAGUUUAAUGGACAAUAUUUCCUUCAAGUAAGAGACAGUGAUGGGCAAACGAUUUUCCCCAGCAUAUGCAAACAUAUACAUGGCAGAUUGGGAGGAGACUGCCUUCCAGAAGUGCAACAAAAUCCCAACACAAUACUUGAGAUAUGUUGAUGAUAUCUGGGGAAUCUGGACCCACUCCAAAGAAGACUUCCGAACCUUUGUAAACACCCGUAACAACCACCACAACUUCGUCGAGGUGGAACCAGAAACAAGUGACACUAAGGUAAACUCUCUGGAUAGUACUGUCUACAAAGGAGUAUCCACACACAAAAGUGUACUUCAAACCAACAGAUACACAUGUUCUGUUGCACAAACAGAGCUUCCACCCAAAAUAUGUCUUUCCAGGAAUUUCAAUUACUGGGAUUUGAAAGGAUAUGUUCCAGCUGAUCUCCUUGAACUUAGUGUACUCUAAAUUUUCUACACAGGCCAACUUAAGAAUCAAAAUUAAUUUUCAAGAGACUGGGAGAGAAAUUCAAAGUAAUAUUGGCUUAUAGGAAAAAUCCUAACCUACCGGACAAGAAGAACAGAACAGUGGAUGAGAAGACUAGAUUCAAGAUUCCUGAAUUAACUGAAUGAGAAGGACAUCUCAUAACAGAUUGUCAUGAAAAUGUUGUCAUUUGUGUAUGUGAUAUUGAACGAGCAGAUGAGUGUGUGGAAGAUUGCCCAGAUCUAAAAUGGCAAAUUUAGGUUUACAAUCUAUUGCUCAUAGAUUUUAACUGUAUGUAUCUCUCUGUAUAUGGUUGGGAUCUCACAGCCGGGGUAGUCACUCCAGGGUUGUCCUCAGAAAUGGGAAGACAGGAUGUCUUCCACACUGAUAAGAUGACAUCAGGAGAGUAAUACAUUCGCAAUGGAAGGGGGCUGUGGAUAAUAAUGUGUACUGUGAGUCCAUCUGCAGAUGCUGAA